AUGUGGGGGAGAGAAGAAAACCAAGGUUUCAGAGUAACCCGUGACAUGGUACUCCCCAUGUUGUGUCGCGGCUUCAAGACGACCGUGGUGUGCGACAAGUUUUUCUGUACGUUGAAGUUGUCGCACUACCUUGCUGCCUUUGGUUGUCAACUUCUGGGCACCACGAGGGUGAACAUUAAAGAAAUGUUUGCUGAAGCAAAGGAUGUAAAGAAUAGAAGCAGCGACACCACCAUUUCUUCUCGAAGAACAAGAGCAAACUUGUUUCCUACUACAACGAGAAGAAAAAGUUGGUGUUGCUGCUUACCACCUGCCACGACAAGGAUGAUGUUGUCGCAGUGGAGACCACCGUCUAUAGUGGGGCAAGCAACAAGUUGUCCACAAGCCCCAGCCCAUCAUUGA